AUGGAAGAGAAGAAACUGGAACAGACUGUUCAGGAACAAGACCCCCAGAGAGACAAUAACUACAACAAGAAGAAAGAAGAUGAUAGUGAUGAAGUGGGGGAGAGUGGAAAGAGCAACAAAGAAGAGACGGCCAGAGCCGACUUGAGGAGGAUUGUAGAUUACUCGGCCGUCAGGCGGCUGGUGGAUGGAGAGUUUCAUACGUUUCUUAUAGUCCCAGGGGAUUUGGGUAACCAAUUGGAAGCAAAACUUGACAAACCCACAGUGGUACACUACCUCUGCUCCAAGAAGACAGAAAGUUACUUUACUCUCUGGCUGAAUUUAGAAUUGCUGCUGCCUGUCAUCAUUGACUGCUGGAUCGACAAUAUCAGGCUGAUAUACAAUCGGACAAAUAAGAUCACAGAGCCACCAGAUGGAGUGGAUGUCAGAGUUCCAGGGUUUGGGCAGACAUUUGCCUUGGAGUUCCUUGAUCCUAGUAAAAGAAAUGUUGGUACUUACUUUUACACACUGGUGCAGAGUCUGGUAGAUUGGGGCUACCAGAGAGACGAAGAUGUAAGAGGAGCUCCUUAUGACUGGCGGAAGGCACCAAAUGAGAAUGGAGACUAUUUUGUUGCCCUUCGGAAGAUGAUAGAGUCUAUGUAUGAACAGUAUGGAAGUCCUGUGGUGUUAAUUGCUCACAGUAUGGGUAAUAUGUACACGCUGUACUUCCUCAAUCACCAGACUCAAGAAUGGAAAGACAAGCACAUAAAGGAUUAUGUGUCGCUAGGUGCCCCAUGGGGAGGUGUGGCUAAAACCCUCCGAGUGCUGGCUUCAGGGUCAUACAUGAACCAUCUCCUCCCCCGGGAAAGCAAUAAAAAAUAUAUCCAGUACCAUAGGAAGACCAGUGCCAGUGGUGCACUUAUUGGGCACACUCACAUGGAGGAUGCCAGAUCAAAUGGAAGUGACAACAACAGGAUACCUGUCAUCAGUCCACUUAAGAUCAGAGACCAGCAAAGAUCUGCAGUUUCAACCAAUUGGAUGCUCCCUUACAACUACACAUGGCCUCCAGACAAGAUCUUUGUAAGCACACCCACUGCUAACUACACUAUCCAGGAUUACCAAAAAUUCUAUAAGGACAUCAACUUUGAAGAUGGCUGGCUUAUGAGACGAGACACUGAGCCCUUGGUCUACCAGAUGAUACCACCUGGUGUGCGCAUCCAUUGUCUUUAUGGCACUGGUGUAGAAACCCCUGACUCAUUCUAUUAUGAUAUGUUCCCUGACAAAGAGCCCAAGAUUGUGUACAGUGAUGGGGAUGGUACAGUGAACUUGCAGAGUGCCAUACAAUGUCAAAAGUGGGUGGGCAUGCAAGAGGAGGAGGUGCUGUUGUUUGAGCUGUCUGGAAAUGAGCAUAUUGAGAUGCUGUCAAAUGUUACAACUAUUUCUUAUGUGAAAAGGCUGCUUUUUGGUUUGUGACACUGUAUGUUGGCUCUUUCCCAUGAUGCCUUCCCUUAAAUAAGGGAAAAUGCCUUUUGAUCCCCUAGGUUUUAGGCAGUUGGGUUAUUUAUUUGUUGUUUUUUGGGAUACUUCUCCCCAAAGCCAUUUUCAGAAAGCUGUUUUGGUGUCCUUAAUGCUCACUUCUCUUGAAUGAGUGUUCAAAAUGCAUCAUGGUGUUUCACAGUUUGAAGGCUGUCAUGUGCAUUUGAUUUGGUGCCUUUAGUGGAAGUGUCCAGUGUUCAUACAGACAUUCAUUUGAAUGUGAAAUCCUUUUGUGCAGAAUGUACAGCCUAUGCUGUUUCCUAUGUGUAAUCUUUGUUGGGGGGGGGAGAAAUAUAGCUUACUGUUCAGUGUCAGUUGUGCAGUAAAAAAGAAAGAUGUCAAGAAUUGGGAGGGCAGCGGUGUUCCUCCAAGAUCUGAUAUCUUAAUAGUUCAGCUUGCAAAUGGGAUCUAGCAGCAGGUAUUACAGACUUGGAGUUAAAUGCUGCUUUUUUUUUUUCCUUUGUUGCUUUUUUUUGUUACAGCUAGCCUUUCUGUAACAUUCAUAUUGUUCCUGGAAAAGAGAUGUGUGUUUAAUGUUUAUGAUUCUUUAUUGGGUAUAUUUGCAAAAGUCAGGAGAGACUUAGUUGUCCUUUACACUGAGACCUUGAUGACUUGGCAUCUAGAUCCCUAGGACUGCUAGCAAUCUUUUACUUUUUUCCUUUUUUAGAAAAACCUAAAACUUGGGGAUCCCUGUAGCCAUUCACAUAUGGAGCAAACAUCAACAUCUUCAAACAAUGAAUACUGGCAAAUGCAGAAGAUGCACAAUUUGUGUCAAUGUGAAAAAUUACCACUGUUUCUCAAAAGGUGGGAGAUAAACAGGCAACUAUUUAAAACAAAGCAAAGCUCUAAAUUUCGUAGAGCUGGGAUAAACUUGAGUGCAAUACAGUGUAAAGUAUGUAACUUGCUUCCAACCAAAUACUUUUGUUUAGAUCCAGAUUCCAGUUCAUUGACAAUCUUUUAAUAUGAAUCAAAAUCAUAUUUCAGUGGUAAGAAGUUUAGUGUAGAUAUACUUCCUGUAGUGGCACCAAGUUGGCCCUAAUUAGGGUUGAGAAAUUAACUUUAUAGUGUGAAAAUAAUUUCACAUUUACACUUCCCCAGUUAUACAAAGACUUUAAGUGGACUAUUGUGUAAGGUUCACAGACUUGAUUGGGAAGUGUUACUGAGAGAUUCUUCUGCACAAGCGUUAGAACAAGUCACCAGUUUGAUCACAUUUCUUUGCUUUUGAUAAGAAUUCUGAGUGCUUUCAGUACCUGGCUCUUCAGGAAAAGAUACCUUCAGAGUUCUUGACUGAAAUUCUUCAGGGGAAACCAAACAAAAAAAUUGCUUCAUAAUUUUAGGAGAUUCCAAUAGUCUAAAAGGUAAACUUUAACUACUUUCAGUCAGGCAUGGAUGGAGGUUGCUACCAUUGAGAGAUGCAAGUAAGAUUUCUUUAAAUGACAGCAGUUUCAAGUGCUUAUUAUUGCAGAAAGUUAAGCUUGAGAUGGGUAGAUGUGCUGGAUUGGUUAAUCACUUUUAAACUUCUUAACUGGUCAUGGGUAGGUUUUAAAAUCUUUCUGGAUUCACUGACUUUUUAAUACAAUCUUACUCUUCCUUCUGUACCCUCUAGACUUAUAACUGAAGUAGGACAAGUAUUCCCAGCAGAACUUAAUGUCUGUCACUUGUAAUAGGCAAUCCAGGAGCUAGAGCUCAGCAAUUCAAUGGCACAAACUUUUCUGCUUCUGUCUCCUUUAUGCUAGUGCACAGUGGCUUGCUUUUAUUUAAAUCCAUGUGGCACAGAGAAGUUCUUAUAGCUGAAGCCUGUAUUUGGAAUAGGGCUCUGUAGUGUAGGUUUUCCCAGAUGCGUGUGCUAAGAACCAGAGUUCUAUUCAAAGGCUGUUUCUGUGAUCAACUCCAUUCUGAAUUAUUGCAGACCAAUCAUACAUUAAAUAUCUGUAACUGUCUGGGUGUACCCAAUAGGGAUAUCAGAGGAAUGUGGAAAGAAUCUAGAUUAAUAACUUUACCUGGUCUGAAGAAUGUUUCCUUUUCUAUGGAUCUGUUUGGCUGCUCAUGCAUUUUAGUUUUAUGAAGUUCUAACAAUUUUAUAGGAAGAGCUUAGCUUUGGUCCUUUUUAGACUUGAAAAGAAACUGAUGGUUCCAAAAGAGCUGCCUGCAUUAUUUUUGUUAGAAUUUGGUCACUCCAACACACUUUCUUCCUUUUGGGGAUAAAAAUCAGUCCUGUAUUUUUCAGUUGAUUAAUAUCUUAUACCUAGGGACCUAUUCAAAUCAUGAUUUGCAUGGAUUUUGCAGAAACUGUGAAGUCAGGCAAUCUGUGAAACCCAUGUUAGGGGACAGGGCAGGCUUCCCAAAAAAACUAGCUAAGUUUUUGCCUGGAGUCCUCCAGGCCAUGCAGCUCAGCCUGAAAGGGGCUGCCAGUACAAAGGCAAGAUGGCUGCCACCCCUGCUCCUUGCUGCUGAUUUGAUGAGGGAUGAGGCUACACAAUGGAUAGCCCUCUCCACCAAUCAGCAGUGGAGGGUGGAGUCACUGGGGCCCCAUGACCAAUCAAAGAUGUGAGGGGACACCAGGAUAAGCUGAUGAAAAUGGCAGCCAGCCCUGUGAUCUGUCCAUGAAAUUGGCCAUCUGUCUUCUUGAGCUGGGUAGACCCCUACUUGCACCUUGCUCUUAAUGCAAGCAACUUAGUCCAUGUUUACUCUUAGUUUUCCAUUAGCUGAUGGGCCUUCUAGAGUCACCUCCUUUUCUAAGUAAGUCUGCUUAGCUGCUUUUUAACUCAUUGCAAGGUGGAAUUGACAACUCUCCACACCUAGUAGACUUGUAAUCUGUCAGGUUGAAUCUGGGCUUUCCUGAGCAGAGUUGCUCUGCUUAGAUUUCAUUUGAGUUCUCAUCACUAACAUGCUAAGAUAUGCACAGGCCUGCUAAUUAACUGAUUGGGAAGGUUACAGGUUGGAGGAUAUAAGAUGGAAUGACUUCUUCUUUUCCAUCAAACCUUUUUAAGACUUCUUUUCUGCCUAUCCUGCAUCUUGAGAGAGAAAUGUCAUCAGUCUAAACUUUAAAAUACCUGGUGUACAUGCUUCAAAAUGUAGAGCAAGUUGAAUGGUGUGCACAGAAGGAAAUUUUCAUUAUCAUUUAUCUCUCUACAUUACAGGGCAAAACUAAGUAUUUUAGUAUCACCGUAAUAGUCUAAAGUUACACAACCAUUGUAGGAUCUUGCAGAGAAGGUCAGAAGAAAUGUUAAAUAUUGCUGGGAAGGGGUUCAUAUGACGCUAGAAGAGAAAAGGAGUACCUUGGGUACUUUGCCACACCCUGCAUUUGAAGUGUAUCAUUUUGCACAAAUUCCUUCCAUUUUAUAUCUAUUUACUUACAACUUGUCAACAUGUCCCUUUUUGCCUAGUUUUUAGGAUGCGUUUAGAAACCAAAAAUAAUUUUGAGGACCAAAUAUAUUACUUAUUUUUGAAAAAUAUAUAGAGAGAAAUUGCUGGAGGGACUUCAGCUAUUGUAAUACUUCUGCAAGGGUUCAGGGUCACUAUGUGAUUCUGCUAGGAGCAGAAGAUUUCAAUAUCAAGCAAUAAUUGCAAAGGAUUUGCAGGCCAAAGGGAAGAAGUUUAGUAUUAAGACAGUUCUUGAAGCACUGUGUGUUCAAGGCCCGUUUUGAAUUCAGGGAAUGUUCGGCAAUUACUUUGCUGCUCUACACUUAACAGUAUUUUGUAUGAAUCAUAAUCUGGUGAUACCCAGCAUUUUAUAUGCCUCUUGGUGUAUGAAUGAGUUGAAUAGAUUUUGCAUAUUUUAUUGUCAUACUUUGAUAAUGUAAUAAAGUUGAUCUAAUACUGAA